UUUAUGAAUGAUAAUGUUUAACCUCAAAACCGUUCGGUGGAGGAGUGUGUUGAUAUCUUAGUUUCAUUUUCAAAAUAUUGGGAAAAAACUGCGAUGGCAACGUGUAAAAUCAAAGAAGUCAUUCCGUUGAGUUCGGGCACAAAUAAUCCGACAAUCGCUUACUUCGAACACGGCGAUAUUCUUCCGGAGGGAGCCAAAAGUUUUAAUUGUCGCUAUGCAGAAAAUAUGGACGACGGUUCCCGCCUGGCACUCGCUACGACGGAUGCUAAUGUCUAUUUUGGGAAAAUAGAUCACGGUUUCGCAACGGACUUGCAACGGACAUUUAUUGCAAUCAGAAAUAAAACGACGAAUAAGGUUCGACUGAUCGAAGUGAAUCAGUGCACAAUGCUGAGUCAGCACUUUGAUCGGUAUACCGCGUCAACGGGUCAAAUAACUGGUCGCAAUUUGGAAGACAUACAGAAGAUGUCGCUGGAUACGUUUGGUAGUAAACGAGCGAAACGGAUGUUUGGCCAAAAGGCGAAAAACAAUUACAAUCCCGAUUUGGUGAAAGAUCAGUUGGAGGCGACGUUAGCUGAACAUCAAAAUAAGGAACCCGAGGUGGAAGACGAAUUCGACAAGAAGAGAAUGAUGGGUGAACUGUUCCUGGAAUCGCGGUUACCUAAAGUUAACAAAAUGGCGACGAAAAUUAGCGAAAUUUAUCAACUUGAUGACUUGAUCGACAUGUCACUGUUGAGCCGGAUGGACGAGGAGGCGCUAGCAGUUUUGAAUAUCGAGGAUUUUACAGAAGACUUUAAAAUUCCAUUCAUCAUCGAAGCUCUGAAUGCGAUAAAGAGAUCCAAAGAACCGGAUUCCAGUCAAAAUUUGACGAAAGUAAAAGUUUGCAUCUACCUGGACGCCCUGAUCAAUUUCCUGUCUGGCAUCAAAAAGCGGAACAACAUGAAGCGGGAAGAUUUUUCGUUUGUGACAACGAAAGUCGAGGCUGACAUCCGAUCGAAAUUCGUCAGUCCACAUGACCAGAAACUCGGCAAAUCCAAGUACACCGUACACAAAGUAUCCAGCUACAUAAUCGUCCUAUCGUUCUUCAUAUCCGAUUUGAAGGAAGUCAGCAUGGAUGAAAUGAUGCAGGCGUUGGAGUCAUCGAAAGUGGACAUUCUGAAAAUAUGCACCAGCAUCGCAGUGAAGUACAGAAAUACGUCAAACAAAUUAGUGCUGCAACUACCGUCCAAGACACCGACACCCAAAAAAUGAUUGCAUGCGGGAAUCACAGUCUUCAGCAGUUUUAUUUUUGGAAUCCAAUAAACAAAUUCGACAAAAUUCACAUUCUUGUUACAUUGUCAAUUGCA